AUGUCUUCAGUUAAAUCUAUCCAGUCACCAUCUUAUACUGGUACAUCAAUCAGACAGUGUGUUAGAACUCCACCUGUCAUGGCAGCUUCCACUAAACCAAUGUCACCAACCCCAGCAGCAGUAGCAUCACCUGAUUUAUCCGAAUCAUUUGCAUCUCCGUACACGUGCCAAGAUAAUCCAUCACAGGACAAUCAUAGUAAAUACUUCUCAUCUGAUCCACCCAAACAUAAAAAUAAAAACACUAGUAAUAGUAAUAUAGUUAUUGAGGGAGCAAGUCCAAGUGAAGUUGCACAGUUUGGGAGAUUGGAUUUGCCACAUUCUAAGGAAAUGCUUAAAGUAUUUCGCCAAAUAUUUGGCCUUCAUAAAUUCCGUACCAAUCAACUUGAAGCAAUUAAUGCUGCUUUGCUUUCAAAAGAUUGCUUUAUCCUAAUGCCAACAGGAGGAGGAAAAAGUCUAUGUUACCAGUUACCAGGAUCUAUAUCUAAAGGACUCACACUGGUAGUGUCUCCAUUGAAAUCACUCAUUCAAGACCAAGUACAGAAAUUAUGUCUGCGUGAUGUGCCAUCAGCCCAUUUAUCUGGUGAUGCUUCUCCAAAUGAAGUGGAAUUGAUCUAUAGAGAAUUAUCACGAAGAGAUCCACAAUUAAAAUUACUAUAUGUAACGCCAGAAAAGAUUAGCUCAAGUAGUAAAUUAGUGUCAACAUUGGAGAAUCUUUAUAGUCGUGGCAUGUUGUCUAGAUUUGUAAUUGAUGAAGCCCACUGUGUUAGUCAGUGGGGCCAUGACUUCAGACCAGAUUAUAAACGUUUGAAUAAAUUGAGAGAAUUAUUUCCAACUGUACCUAUCAUGGCAUUGACUGCUACAGCCACACCAAGAGUUCGUGCUGAUAUUGUGAAGCAACUCAAAAUACGUAGUCCUAUUUGGUUUAUCCAGAGUUUUAACAGGAGUAAUCUCAAGUACUCAAUAUAUCCCAAGAAACCCAGCAAAGUUACCCAGGACUGCAUUAAUCUAAUCCAAGCCAGAUUUGCCGGUGAAUCUGGAAUCAUUUAUUGUUUAUCUCGUAAUGAAUGUGAGAAGGUAGCUGCAGAGUUGUCAAGUGCUGGUAUAAGUGCCAAGGCUUAUCAUGCUGGAUUGGAGAGUAAUAGUAGAACAUAUACACAACAAGCGUGGGUUAGAGAUGAAUACAAGGUGGUGUGUGCAACAAUUGCAUUUGGUAUGGGUAUUGAUAAACCUGAUGUACGAUUUGUAAUUCAUCAUUCAUUACCAAAAUCAAUUGAAGGAUUUUAUCAAGAAUCCGGUAGAGCUGGUAGAGAUGGAAAUAUUGCACAUUGUAUUCUCUUCUAUUCUUAUCAAGAUAUGACACGACUCAGGAAAGUCAUGGAACGUGAAAACGAUAACUUUGAAGCAAUACGUGUCCAUAUAGAGAAUCUACAACGCAUGGUACAAUACUGUGAAAAUGAAACUGACUGUAGACGAUCUCAAUUAUUAGAAUAUCUUGGUGAGAAGGUUAUUAGCUAUGAUUUGUGUAGUGGUAUUGUCAGUACAGCCUGUGAUAACUGUGCCAAUAAGAUCAAACUAAAGAUCCGUUCUGGUAAUAAUAAAACCAAGAAAUGUGCUGUAGUACAGUGUGCUGCGACCAAGAAAAAUAUAAAGGAACAACUACUGAAAGAGUUACAGGAUACAUGUCGACGAUUAGGAAGAGAGAAUUUUAUCAAUCAUGCACAUAUAUUUACAUCAGGUGAAACUCUACAAGAACUUGUUGAUAUAAUGCCACAAAGUGAGGAUGAAAUGUUACAAAUUACAGGGGUUACUGAGUACAGCAUGAAUAGAUUUGGUAAACACUUCCUGGAUGUUAUUAGAAAAUAUCUUCCACUUGUGUCAGCAAUAAGAAGUGAUGAGAGGACAGAUUAUGCUUCUACUACGAAGUCCAGAAAAAGAAAAUCUCAGAGUGGUGCCACUGGUAAGGCAAAGAAGAGACGGUCAGUCCCAACAUCCAGUACAAUCAAUCAUGAAUACAGCAACUCUUCAAGAGGUGGUAAUGGUAGUGGUCGUCGUCCUGGAUUACUUUCAGCACCAAAACCAUCAAGAUCAUUUCUCCCAAGCAAUGUAUAUUGCACAAUAUAAUUAAUAUGUUAGUAAUAAGUGGUCUUUUCUGCAUGUGCAAGACGCAACCCUUAUUGAAUAGAUGUGUUAAUCCCCUCGUCUAUUGAUGCCCCUUUUUCAGGAGAUGUGUUGUCAUUGAUAUCAAUGUUCUGUACCGGUAUGUGGUGAAUUGCAUUUGUGUAGCACUUAUCAAAACCAAUAUUGAUUACAUAUCUGUAAAAUCAAAUCAAAAAUGUAUUUUAUGGGUUCAAGUUCAGGCUUUGGAUACUAGGAUAAAUAUAUUCUAUUCAUAGUCGUAACUGAGUCAAUGCAAAACUAAUUAUAAUAUCUUGCCUGAUUGGCUACCCAACCCUUACCACUUAACGGUUGAGCCAAUCAGAGAGCAGCUUAUUUGUAUCAAAUUCUAAAUAUAUAUAACCACCUAAAUUGUAAGUUUGCUGACCUUGCUAAUGUCACUUUCUGAUUUUAUAGGAGUAUUCUAAAAUUGUCAUGAAUAUCACUUUCAUAUUGUAUAUAGACAUUCUGCUCAAACUGUUGACAUUUUGUGCAAUGUUUGUUUAAA